AAAAUGUAACUGUUUGCACAGGGACUUGAUUCCAUCAUUGACUUUUGGUAAUCCACGCAAAAAAUCCAUAAGGGAUUUCCAGUCAUUGACAAAUGAUCUUUUUAUAAUCAAAAUUGAUCACGAUUUAAGAAAAGUUGUGGGACAAUAUGUCUGGCUGCUGGGCAAUUUUAUGGUGGUUUUCAUCGUUAACAUUGGUAUAUCAUUCCGGAUGUUACCUCAUUGACACAAUUGCUGCAAAUAGUUUUGGCCACUUGUAUAAUUACAUUAAUGCAUCAACUUUGGAUCAAGAUUAUUGUGAAAAGAAACUGAAAUUAACUACUUUGGAUGAAUGGAAACUUUCCACAGAAGUGUUCACAGCUACACUUCCCAUUGAUCAUAUUCAAGAGAAUUAUGUUCGUGAGGUUCAAGAAUGUAUUUUUUCUGUUGGAUAUCCUACACCAUUUAAAUCCAGAGUUCUACUUGUAGCUGUUUCAGAGGAAGUCCUGGAAAAAAUUCUGGACUUAGACAUGUCUGCCUCAAGUUCAGAUGACUUUCUACAGCUUGUCAGUGGUACAAAAAUAAUCUUUGGGUCUCUACCCCUAACUCACAGAUAUGGUGGCCAUCAGUUUGGUAGCUGGGCAGGACAGCUGGGUGAUGGAAGAGCCCACCUGAUUGGCGUUUAUACAAACAGAUUUGGAUCCAGAUGGGAACUACAGCUCAAAGGUUCAGGAAAGACACCAUACUCGAGGAGAGGAGAUGGCAGAGCUGUGCUUCGGUCUUCUAUACGAGAAUUUUUGGGAAGUGAGGCCAUGCAUUAUCUUGGAAUACCUACAAGCAGGGCAGCUAGCUUAGUUGUAAGUGAUGACAACAUUUGGAGAGAUCAGUUCUACAAUGGGAAUAUUAAGAAAGAAAGAGGUGCAAUUGUGUUACGUGUUGCAAAAUCAUGGUUUCGAAUAGGAUCAUUGGAAAUACUAGCUCAAUCUGGAGAACUGGAUUUAUUAAGGAUGCUGCUAGAUAUGGUCAUAAAAGAACACUUUCCAAAAAUAAACAUAAAUGAUUCAAAUAAAUAUCUGGCAUUUUUCUCUCAAGUAGUAUCUGAGACGGCACAUUUAAUUGGCUUGUGGAUGUCAGUCGGCUUCGCUCAUGGAGUAUGUAAUACUGAUAACUUCAGCUUAUUAUCCAUAACCAUAGAUUAUGGUCCAUUUGGCUUCAUGGAUUCAUACAACCCAGACUUUGUUCCAAACACAUCUGAUGAUGAAGGACGGUAUAAAAUAGGAAAUCAGGCAAAUGUUGGAAUGUUUAAUCUGAACAAACUGCUAAAGGCUUUAAACCCUUUAUUUAGUCCAAGACAAAAGCAACUGGCUUCUCAAAUACUUGAAGAAUACCCUCAACAAUAUUAUAAAGGCUUUGUAGAACUAUUCAAGACAAAAUUAGGUCUGCUAGGAGAGAAUGAGGAUGAUGACUAUUUGAUUGCUUUCCUUCUAAAACUCAUGGAAGAUACAAGGGCAGAUUUCACAAUGACUUUUCGGCAACUCAGUGAGAUUUCGGAAGACAAACUCAAAGAUCUCAACAUUCCUAAGGAAUUCUGGGCUUUGCAAGAUAUAGCUAAACACAAGAACUUUUCAACAUGGAUUGCUAUGUACCUCUUGAGAUUAAAAGGGAAUGUAGGUGAUUCAGACUCUGAAAGGAGGAAAAGAAUGAGCAGUGUUAAUCCAAGAUACGUACUUAGAAAUUGGAUGGCAGAAUCAGCUGUCCAAAAGGCUGAAAUAAAUGAUUUUUCAGAGGUCCGCUUCUUGCAACGAGUUUUGCAACAUCCAUUUCUGGUACAGACUCUGGCUGAGAGAGCUGGUUAUGCACAGCACCCCCCUGCUUGGGCUGAAGAUGUUAAAGUCAGUUGUUCAUCUUGAUGACAAUAAUUUAUGAUUAAAUUAAAUUGUGAUAUUUCCCCAUCA